UUUCAGUGAGUUUUCGAUUUCUAAUCUCCUUUGAAUCUUCUCUGUUGAAUUUGGAUGUGAAUUGUUCAGAAGCUUUUGAUUUACGGGUCGUUUAAAAGACAGGACGAGUUAAGUUAAUAGCCUGGAACAGAUUUUUGUCUACAUUUUACUUGGCCCAUAUUUUGUUAACGUGAUGAAAUGACAAAUCACGAGCUGAUGAUGGCAGGGAACCAUGAUAUCUCGUUUAGGCAGGAGCAAAUUAUUGAAGAUCGACAGAACAGUGAAUUGUUUACUACCAAUGACUACAAUUUUGCGUUGGAACCGGUACAUGAGACCAGCCUGCAGAUAGGUGCUUCCCGUGAGCAAAAUGAGGGUUGGAGCCACAACCAGGAACAUACACUGGCUCUUCAAAACUCAAGGGCUCACAGUGAAGAAACACAUGAAGAACAACGUCUAGAAGAAAAAGAUGAGGUUGAUUCUCAGGAUAACCAAAAUGAAAGCUAUGACCAUGCUUUUGAACUCUCCUUUCCUGAUAAUGAUGACUCAGAAACUUCAGAGAAUGAUAAACUAGCGUUAAUAGUUUCUCAGAAUCUCAAUGAUAAUUUACAGUUGGCGGUGGGUCAUUGCAUGAAUAGGGAUCCCAUACCUGGCCUGGACAUAAGCCUUUCUCAGCAGCUAGAGUUGGCUCCUCCUAUCCUUCAGUGCCGGUCUCUGCAAACUGCCCCUGAGCACAAUUUGGUCGUUGGUAUGGAAUUUUCGGAUGUCCUUGCGUGUAGGAGAGCACUGAGAGAUGCAGCAAUUGCUUUACGCUUUGAGAUGCAAACUGUUAAAUCUGACAAAACUCGUUUCACUGCAAAGUGCACUAGUGAGGGUUGCCCUUGGAGAAUACACUGUGCCAGGCUUCCUGGUGUACCAACCUUUACAAUAAGGACUAUACAUGGGAGUCACACAUGUGGUGGUAUUUCACACCUUGGUCACCAUCAAGCUUCAGUUCAGUGGGUUGCUGAGGCUGUGAAAGAAAGGCUGAAAAUAAAUCCUCAUUGCAAACCUAAGGAGAUACUGGAGGAAAUUCAUCAAGUCCAUGGAAUUACACUAUCAUACAAGCAAGCAUGGAGGGGAAAAGAACGUAUAAUGGCUGCGGUCCGCGGGUCAUUUGAAGAAGAUUAUCGCCUUCUUCCUCGAUAUUGUGAUCAAAUUAGAAGAACAAAUCCUGGGAGCAUCGCUGUGGUUUAUGGAAGCCCGGUUGAUGGGAGCUUUCAACAAUUGUUUAUUUCAUUUCAAGCAUCAAUCAGUGGUUUUCUUAAUGCUUGCCGACCUCUCAUUGGAUUGGACAAGACUGUUUUAAAGAGCAAAUAUCUAGGGACAUUGCUUCUUGCCACUGGAUUCGAUGGAGACGGCGCGGUGUUUCCUUUGGCUUUUGCUGUUAUUAGUGAAGAUAAUGAUAGUAACUGGCAGUGGUUCCUCUCAGAGUUGCGUCAACUGCUUGAACUUAAUUCUGAAAACAUGCCAAAGCUGACAAUUUUGUCUAGUAGAGAUCAAUCUAUUCUGGAUGGAGUCGAUACUAAUUUUCCAACGGCCUUUCAUGGCUUGUGUGUCCAUUCUCUCACAGAAAGCUUUCGUAGUAAGUUCAACGACCCCAAUCUUGUGUACCUUAUUUGGGAAGCAGCAAAAUGUCUCACCGACUAUGAAUUUGAAGGAAAAAUCAACGAGAUCGACCAGGUAUCUCCAGAAGCUGCCUUGUGGAUCCGUAACGUCCAACCCAGUCUGUGGGCCACAUACUGCUUUGAAGGAACAAGGUUUGGACAUCUGACUGCAAAUUUAACCGAGUCACUUCAUAGUUGGAUUCAAGAUGCCUCAGGUCUUCCUAUAAUCCAAAUGAUGGAGAGCAUUCGUCGCCAGUUGAUGACUUUGUUCAAUGAACGCCGUGAAACAAGCCUGCAAUGGUCUAGUAUGCUAGUUCCAUCUGCUGAGAGAUAUGUCCUUGAGGCUAUGGAAGAAUCUCAAUUGUACCAAGUUCACAAAGCAAAUGAAGCACAAUUCGAGGUCAUGACCAGCGAAGCAAAAUAUAUAGUGGAUAUUAGAUGCCGUUCUUGUUUGUGCCGUGGAUGGGAGUUAUACGGUUUGCCUUGUAGCCAUGCAGUUGCAGCCCUCCUCUUUUGCAGACAGAAUGUAUGGCGGUUCACAGAGAGUUACUUCACUGUGGCAAAUUACCGGCGAACUUACGCAGAAACCAUACAUCCAAUUUUAGACAAAGCCAUGUGGAAAACAACAGAACCUGACAGAGAAAGUGGUGGGGAUGGUGAAGAGAUUGUGAUAAGACCACCGAGGGUGUUAAGACAACAGCCACGGCCAAGGAAGAGGAGAAGUCAAGGAGAGGACCGUGGACGUCAAAAGCGGGUGGUUCGAUGUAGCCGGUGUAAUCAGGCUGGCCAUUUCAGAACAACUUGCACAGCACCUAUAUAAAAAAACCUCUAUUUAGAUCCUUUACUUCGUCAGUGAUAUGAAUUUAGUUUUCUCUUUACUUAGGUUUAGAACAUUCUUUAAAGGAAGUCUUUCUCUUUACUUAUUUUUCCAAUAUGUGAGAUUUUCAUAUAUGCAAUGACGGUGUCUUCUUAGGAGAUUCAACUAAACAUCUUCGAAACUGUUAUCCUCUUAUGUUUUGUUUUUUUAUUACAACAGUUAUCCUCUUA